UCAAUUUUCUUUUUGGUCAAAAGGUUUAGGUAGGACCGACAUUAGUAACUGUUAUCUAUUUGGACACCUACCAACAAGCUUUACUGUCGGACCUAGAAAUAUAAUUUAACUAAUUGCAUCGUUAUCACUCGGUGUUAUCUCAACGCUCGCCGUUGGAAUAAUUUAGUCGGAUUUAUCGCCUCGGUUGCAGGCGCUCUGUUCUUCAAUUCGACCAGAAGUGUCUUCUGCCGGCGACUAAUUAAUCAUACUGCCCGUCUGAACUAUAAGCCAACUGGGCGGCCAGGUCAGCUUCCUAUGCAGAUUUAGCGAGCUGCUAAUAUCCCGAUAUGUAAGGCAUGGUAACCAAGAUAAGCUUAACGGCCUUCAAGGCGGUGGACUGCGCUCUUAUUCAGGACGUUUGAGUAUUUUGAUUACAUCACGGCACCCAGCGGUGUCGCCUUAUGAACAGGUUGCCCACUGAGAUAGCACGAGACAGGGAAGCAACUACUCUGUUAUAAUCUGCAAGUACAGGCUACCUCAGCAACUUGAUUUAGUGUUUGCGAAGAUCGUUGAUCAGCGAAUGCCCCUUCGACGUUAAACUUUUAAAGAUGAAAACUACCACAUCAUCAUCAGGAUUAACCGUCAUACUUUUCGCUAUACUUUAUUUAUGGAAUUUCGUCGGCUGUACAUUUCCAAGUAACUCGGACACCUCGAGAUUUUCUUUUAACCACCGUACCUCAGAAGAACCUCUUACUAAUAAAGCUUAUUUCGACGUUGACCCUUCAAAACUGUUUACCAAAAAUCAACAUCGCGAGGACCAAAAUAGGAAUACACGCAAGAUAACUAGCAAAGUUGAAGAAAAUCUUGCGCACGGCUUCGACGAGAAUGAGGUCGUCGUGCCGAUCCGGGUGCAUCACGUGACCGGACACCCGGUUCACCAUGGACGUCAUUUCCGGACGAGGAAAAAGGAAGAACGAGAUUCUCCGAAGGACAGGAGGCGAAGAGAUGUGGAAGAAGACGAGAGAGAAACUAUCCUCCGAGGUAUAUUGAAUCUACAGAACAAAAGUACAGAAAGGACUAUUCUCGAUGUGAUCCCGGAUCAGUAUCGGACAGAUUAUUUGGAAGAUGAAUUCGUUCGGGAAGAAGAUCGUUUAGAACAUGGGAUCGCGAACUAUUCCUUAGAUGCGUUCGGGGAGCGAUUCUUGUUACAUCUUAUGCCAUUCGAUGGCUUUCUUGCCCCAAACUACACCCUGCAUUACAUGGGUGAUGCCGCAACGGACGGUUUUGCUGGGGCAAGCUUAGGUGUGCCGCGACACUGUUUCUACUCCGGAUAUGUAAAUGAACGGCCGGAACACACAGCUGUGCUCUCUGUAUGUAGUGGACUGUUCGGUGCAUUUCGAACAGACACAUCGGACUACCUCAUUCAGCCCGAGCAUAAAAGUUCUGGUUCCGAACACGAUGAAGCGGAAGAAGAAGGAGCUAAAAGACAUCGAAUAUUUCGCCGAAGCACUCGGGCUGCUGGCAGCACGGGAAAGAGCUUGUGCGGAUACACAGAUGCAACUGAGACAAAAGAAAAGCCAUUAGAUCGUAGAAGAGAUUCGAACAAUGCUCAUCACGACUUCCGGGUGCUCAAUGAUCUUCAUGACCUCACUUCGGUGAAAAAUCAAGAAACGCAUUCGCGUAGGAAGGAGGAAAAUAAAAGAAGAUCACGGAGGAGAUUGUCUUCCGUUCGUAGACUUCAAAUGUUAAAACUUUCUCGGCACCAACGCACGAAUCCUCAAUAUCACGCCAACCUUUGGGAUGAACUGAAUUUUUUCUCGAAAAUGUCACACCUGAGGUCAUCAUUAAAACCUACGAUAGAGAAACAACAAGAGGAGAGUAACACACCGCGUUCCAGAAAGAAGAGAUACCUCUCAUACCCACGCAACGUUGAAGUCAUGGUAACGGCGGACAACGCGAUGCUUCGGUCACAUGACGACGUUGAACAUUAUGUUCUCACACUGAUGGCAAUCGUGAAUCACGUGUACAGGGAUCCAAGCAUCGAGAACCUGGUGAAUAUCGUGCUCGUGAAGCUUAUCGUGAUCGGCGAUUCACAAGUGCACAACGGACCACGUGUCGCCCGCGAUGCUCACACCUGCCUUCGUAAUUUCUGCGAGUGGCAAUUCACACAGAACGACCCGGAUGAUUCGCACCCAGACCACCAUGAUACCUCAGUUCUCAUCACGGGGCAAGACAUCUGCAGAUCAAACUCUGUGUGCGACACACUUGGGUUGGCCGAAUUGGGUACGAUGUGUGAUCUUCGUAAAAGCUGUUCGAUUAACGAAGAUAAUGGGUUGAGUACGGCCUUCACCAUCGCCCAUGAGAUCGGGCACGAAUUCAGCAUGCUGCAUGAUGAUGACGUCAUAUGCAAUGUGACGUGUGAACGAUUCAACGCCCCGCAUGAUAACAACGACAAGUGCUUAGAUGCGAGAGGUGCGACUGUUGGACUUAACGUCAUGUCGCCAACACUGGACAACAACGCCCACCCGUGGUCGUGGUCAAAGUGCAGUGCCAAAUAUAUCACAAGCUUUUUAGACAACGGUAACGGCCAAUGCUUGCUGGACGAACCACCACAAAGGGUACUGUCAUUACCAACUACUGAACCUGGUCAAGUGUUUGAUGCCAAUGCACAAUGCAGCUUCGUGUAUGGAUCUGGUGUUCGCCACUGUGACUUUAUGUUUCAAAACACGUGUCAGAGACUGUGGUGUAUAAACCAAAACCGGAGCCACGGAUGUCGAACACCUCAUGUGCCAUGGGCGGACGGUACAAGCUGCGGAGAUGGAAAACAAAAGAUGUGGUGUCAACGCGGUCAUUGCGUGCCAGAGGAUCGUCACCGUGUGCCUGUUGAUGGGAAUUGGGGGGAGUGGAGCCGAUUUGGCGAAUGUUCUAGAAGGUGUGGAGGUGGUAUCAAAAGUGCAACCCGAAAAUGCGAUAGCCCAAAGCCGCGGUAUGGUGGAAGGUACUGUACCGGAAAGAGAAAGAAGUUCCGUCCAUGCAACUUUCAGGAAUGUUCCGUGGAUAGCGACUUUCGCGCCGAACAGUGCGCAGCGUACAACAAUUGGGCACGUCAUCACAGACAUCGAAUCAGAGGAAUCGCACCAAAUGCUGAAUGGAUUCCGAAAUACGACGGUAUUUUACUUCAGGAUCGGUGCAAAUUAAUUUGUCAAGUGAAAUCAGAUGACCAAUACGCUGUACCAUGGUAUGUUCUCAAACCCAAAGUAAUCAACGGGACACCAUGUGGUCCAGAUACCAACGAUAUUUGCGUUGAAGGUGUAUGCAAGAUGGCAGGGUGUGAUCACGUGUUAAAUUCACGGACGACAGUUGACGAAUGUGGGAUUUGUAACGGAGACAACAGUGCAUGCAGAACGGUGCAAGGAAGUUAUAAUACAGGUUACAACAUCGGUUACAAUCGAGUGGUGAUCAUACCAGCAGGUGCAAACAACAUUGUGAUCAUGCAGCGUUCAUACAGUGGUGACGCGGAUGACUUUAAUUACCUCGCUUUACGAGAUAGCCGUGGUAAUUAUAUUCUGAACGGAAACCGGAGUGUUAUGAAAAAUAAACACAAAAUACACAAGAGGAAUAAUAAAAAUAACAGAGGACCACUUUACCAGUGUGACUAUACAGGAACAGACACCGCCAUUGAAAAAAUCAACUGCAGUAAAGCGAUAGAAAUUGACAUCAUAGUUGAAGUUUUAUCUGCUGGAGAUUUAAUGCCGCCAAAUAUAAACUACCGGUACAACAUUCCCGUAAGAGACAGGUUAUCAUAUAGAUGGGAUCCACAUGGACCUUGGAGUCCUUGCAGCAGAUUGUGCGACGGGAAAACCAAAGGAAAGAUAAUGUGCGUGCGAUCUGACCAACAGAUAGUUUCUGACCGCAAAUGUAAUCAUCUUCCAAAACCAAGCACUAUUAUACGACCAUGUAAUACAAGAUGUCAGUUCACGUGGCAUCCAAAGCCUUCUGAGUGCUCUGUGCGGUGUGGCCGUGGAACAACUCAUUUGGAGUUUGAAUGUAGAAAGGUAACAAAUGUCCCAGCCAAUCGCAUUCAUCGUAGCAAUCACGUGGUAGAGACAGUCAGCGAUAGUUUGUGUCCACAACCGAAACCUGGAGGUGUAAGUUCGUGUGAAGGAGAUUGUCUUUCAACCCGCUGGACAUACGGAGAAUGGGGAGAGUGCUCACGGAGUUGUGGCGGCGGCAGUCAGACCCGCAGUAGUGUGUGUCAUGAUAGCAGGGGAAUUGAAUUGAAUCCUACUCAAUGUGAAGAUAACGAACGAGUUGUUUCAAGAACAUGUGGAAACGUAGCUUGUCCACAAUGGGUGGUAUCUGCCUUUUCACCGUGCAUGGCGACAUGCGGAUCGGGUGUACGUCAUCGUCGUGUGUGGUGCGCGAUACGAGGAGUUGUGAGGCCGAACAACGAAUGUAGUCGACAGCGUAAACCACCGACCACUACUUUGUGUUCGAACCAUGACUGCCCUACCUGGUCUUACGACAACUGGGGACCGUGUUCCGUGACGUGCGGCGAAGGAACAUCAGUUCGUUUGUACCGCUGUGUUGACCACGCAUCCACCGCAGUCGACGAUGGAUUGUGCAACACUGCUCUUUUGAGACCCGAUACCCGAGCAUGCUAUGCACAACGAGCAUGUGACGUAUCGAGGAUAUCACGAACUUAUGACAACGAUGGAUUCCCAUCUAUCGUGUCACGAGGAUUAGCUGAAAGAGAGGCGUUUGCUUUGACAACAUUACCAGAACCUACCACAGUUCCACCAACCACCACUACGACAACGGAAGUCGCACCUUUACAACAAAUGUACGGAGCUUUGAAUUCAGAUUCAGGAAUAAUGAUUGUUAACCGUCGCCGCGAGAAUGCUCGUUGGAGAACUGGAUCUUGGACUCCAUGCUCGUCAUCUUGUGGAAGUGGUGUCAGGGAGAGAUACGUCAGUUGUCGUCUCAUCCGAAGUGACGUUGUUGCUCCUGAGGAAGAAUGCGGUUCAUCCGAGAGCAGACCGGCGGCGAGGGAGACUUGUGAAGAUAGUCCGUGUCAUGGAACUUGGCGGACGGGAGUUUGGACAGAGUGUUCAGUCAGCUGCGAUGGUGGAACCCGUACUCGUUACGUUCGAUGCCUUUACAAUGGUCGUUAUCAAGAUGAUGGACAACAUUGCUUGCCACAGGAUAAACCCUCUGAAGAUGAAAUUUGUUCGUCAGCUCCGUGUCCAACUACAACAACAACCACAACUUCUACAACCACAACAACUUCUACAACCACAUCAACCACAACAUCAGCAACUACCACAACUGCUACAACUACAACAGCUACCACCACAAAUGAACCAACCACUAGUGUAUCAAGUACAACUGAACCAGUAAAUACACUAGCAAGGAGAAAGAAUCGUCUUUUCGAUCCCGAAGUUAGACCAAGACUUGCUUAUGUACCACGUGACCGCUCAGUGACCGUAGUCAACCGAGGAAGAGUUUAUGAAUCAAACAGAACUCGACUUGGACACUGGAGAACAGGGCCGUGGUCUCAGUGUUCCAGUACAUGCGGAGGCGGAACACAGAAGCGAGCUGUGGUAUGUUAUUCACCCCACAGUGCAAAAGCUGAUUGCGAUUCACUGGAUCCACCACCAAGUAUACAACUCUGCAACGCUGAUGCUUGUCCAAGGUGGAAACGUGGACGUUGGGGAAAGUGCUCGAAAACUUGCAACGGUGGUCGACGAUUGAGGAACGUGUAUUGUGUGAUGUCGGAUGGACGGUCAACGUACAAACAUCGUUGCAACGUCAUUCUCAAGCCGGUGGAGAUCGAACCCUGCAGAACCAUGACCUGUCCUGGUGCUCACCGGUGGCGCAAGAGUGCAUGGAGCGCGUGUUCUGCAUCGUGUGGUCGAGGAACAAAGAAUCGGAAUGUGAAUUGUUUAAACGCGAACGGUGAAACAGUUGCCGAUGCGAAAUGUUUGCUACAUAGAACAAAACCUCGUGUUGUGAGGAGAUGCGUGAAACAACGAAGGUGUCCAAGAUGGAGAACUGGCAGAUGGAACCAGUGUUCUGCAUCUUGUGGGGUUGGAAUUCAGCUUCGUCGAGUAAACUGUCGAUACAAGCGAAAGGUCAUAGUAGAUGAACUCUGUGACGUAAAUAGUCGACCUGAUGACGUCACUAGAUGUAAUGUGACGGAUUGUCCUAGCCACAAGUGGCACGCUGAACGAUGGAGACCUUGUAGCGUGUCGUGCGGGGAAGGGACGAUGACGCGGGUGGUCACGUGUCGAAGUUUACCCCACAACAUAGUGGUCGAUCCCAGUCUUUGUAACACGGAGUUGGUAACUGAGAGACCACUAGCAUCUCAACAAUGUAACAAUGGACCAUGUAAUGCAUUCUGGAGGGCUGGGGCGUGGUCAGAGUGUACCAAAUCGUGUGGUCCUGGAAUACAACGACGACCAGUUAAAUGCUCAUACGUCGAUCCGAUGACGUACAAAGAAAAAACCGUGACGUCAUGUCGACUCACCACUCGCCCUUAUGCUGUGAGAGAUUGUGACAGAGGAAGAUGCGAUUCGGAAGUUUACUGGCGCGUUGGAUCCUGGAGUGAGUGUUCAAGGUCGUGUGGCGAAGGUCGAUCAAUGCGUCGUGUAGUUUGUACAGAUCGUGCUACUCAGUCGUCGCUAGAUGACGCUGUAUGUGAAGCUGUUCCAUCAUUCAGGCCGGAUCGAACAAGAAUUUGCCAGUUACGGCCAUGCAUACCAACCACGUGUCGGGAACUGCAAUCACAUAGAGACAUAAGAAGAGAUGGAGAAUAUUAUUUAGAAAUAGGAGGUGUCAUGGCCAGGAUAUACUGCAAAGGCAUGGGAAGUUCUAAUCCAACCGAAUAUCUCACACUACCUCGGGGUGGGGAAGAAAAUUAUUCGGAAAUUUACGGAUACAGGUUAAUAAACGCCGAUACUUGCCCGAAUAACGGCAGCCGCGACUCAUCUUGUGCAUGCCAUCGUGAUUAUCCCGAAGCUGGACGAACUGUGUUCCGUAAAGUUCGCUUAGACGUCGUUUCCAUGCGCGUACUUGCGAAUAAAUUUACGUUUGCGACGACCGAGUAUGGCAAAGAAGUUCCUUUUGGAAUGGCUGGCGAUUGCUACAGCAGAGGGAAUUGUCCACAGGGCGAGUUUCGGAUGGAUUUUACCGGGACUGGGUUCGUUGUUAGUUCAAAUACCAGAUGGCUCUCGUACGGCGAACAUCCGGUUCGUAGAAUACAACGAAGUCGUAAUGGGUUGGAGGUGUCAGGUUCAUGUGGCGGAUAUUGCAGCAGAUGUCAACCUGAUCCACUAAUAGGAUUACAACUCUCACAUCAACCAUAGAUUGUUCUGUAGUUCUGGUUGCGCACCAAGCCAAAGAAGAAUACCUCAUGUCGUUAGAUACGUCAAAAUGCCUUCUUUAGCAAUAUUAGUUAUCAUGCGUGCCUAGGAAACCUUUUGUUAUUUGCUAGUUUCUAAUCGUUUGUCUCAAAUAUUUUAUUCUUUUAUUUUCCCUUUAUUUAAUUUCGACGAGUUUUCUCUCCUGCUAGUACUGUUCCAAAGUCCUGUAUGCCUCCUUGUGCCUUUAUCGCUCCCGCGUUCGAUCCGGUCAGUAUUACAACCGUCAUUUUGACCACUACAUUUUUGGUCAUGUUUUUUUACAGUUCGGCCAACAUAACUAUGGUUUUACUUGUCCGCUUUAUUGCCCGACAGAAACUGAUACCUAAACUAUGCGGUGCCACGCUCGCCUCACAGUCGCUCUUGCCCGACCCCACGUGGCCAACCUCGUUCAGCAUGAGAAGCAGCCAGCAUUGCUUUUUACAUCUUUUUGCACAAACUAACUAUAAUAUUUCGCGUGUCUUCAGCGCGCUCUCUUCAGCUUAACCAAUGUCCAGAGUACUGUGUUUUCUUUUACGCGUCACUCCUCCAAAGCCGCGCUUCAUAGUCGUGACUGUAAAUCGUAAAAUGCUUAUCCUUUCCAGUGAUAUUUUUUAUGAUGGCAGUCGUUCAAUGUUUCCGAUGUUUUCAAAAGGCUAAAAUGUCAUUUUGCUAAUGCUGUUUAAUUCCAGCAUUUUGUUAAUUAAAUCCAGACCUCUCAAGUCCCAAUUAACAACACAACUAUCACAACAUUAUUGGUUAGCCAAUGUUAUAACAUAUAUUCGUCGCUUGGCACAAAUUCG